UUCACCUCUGACCCUUAUCAAAUUUUAACACCAUCUCAACAAAUUCUCUCUCACUUUCAGUUUUCACUCAUCUCUCUCCUUCUGCUUCAAAAACCAAGUCCCUACUCAAUCUGUUCUAGAGUUUGAUCUGCCCUUGGCCAAAAGCCCUUGAGGUUCUUGAGCCAUACAUCUCCUUCAAGAUCACAACCCAUCUAUUAUUAUAUAGCAAUAUGGAUGGGUAUAGCUCUCAAAGGCAAGACUCGAUGAAAAGGAGGUUCCAAGAUAGGAACUUGCCCGUCUCAUCCAUGGACAACUACUUCGCAAAAGUCAUGGCCGCCACCACCCCACCUUCCUCCUCGCCGGCCUUCCUGAAGAACCCUAACAGCAACAGCAACAGCAAGAUCCCUAGCUCUAUCGGGUUCGACGACGAUCUCGUGGCCGCAGUCGUGCCGCCGGUGACCGUGGUCAUUGAGGGCCGCUCGAUCUGCCACCGCAUCAGUCUCCACAAGCACGAGAGCUACCAAAGCCUCGCCAAGGCGCUGAGGCAGAUGUUCGUGGACGAUGCUGAUGUCCCGGACAAGGAUCUCAACCUAUCCAAUGCUGUUCCCGGACACCUUAUAGCCUACGAAGACAUUGAGAAUGAUCUUCUUCUUGCUGGUGACCUUAAUUGGAAGGACUUCGUACGGGUGGCGAAAAGAAUCCGGAUUCUGCCAGUGAAGGCGAAUUCGAGGAAAGGAAGAGGAGAAGCAUGAGAGCUGCUGUGUUAGCUUGGGAUGUUGUGGAGGGUUUUGGUGAGAUGAAGGCAACAGGAACUUGUAUGAGCUUGAGAGAACCACAAAGGAAAAAAGAAAAGAAAAAGAGGAAGAUAUAUUUUGUCUCUUAGGGAUCUAGAUCCAAUAUCCUUUUAAUUCUUGGGUAUGAACUUUCUUGACUAUCAUGUUUAAAAAGUUUUACCUCGAUUUCUUUC